GUUUCCUUUAUUCAACAAUUCUUUUAUAUUUUUAAAAUGGCUUCUCAAUUAUUCCGUUCUUCAAUCCGUGCUAUUGCUGCUAAGCCCACAUUAUUGAGAAGCUUUGUUGCACCUACCGUCAAUGCUCGUAUGCCUACCAUAGCUUUUAAUGCUACUCGCUCUUUUUCUGCAGCUAUUCCUCGUAUGGCUAAUGGUGCAGUUGAUGCUGAUCUUGCUCACAAAUUGGAAGAAGAAAUUAAAUAUGAAAAAUCUGAUGAGAAUGUGAAUCAACCUGAAUUUAUUAAAGAGUUUUUAGAAGCCAACUCUUUCCAGAUUGAUGAUAAGCCUGGUGUCGAUGAAGUUACACUUACUCGUACUUUUGGAAACGAAAAGAUCCGUGUUUUGUUCUCAAUUUCUGAUAUUAACAAUACUACACCUGACGAAUUCCUUCCUGAGGAUGAUAUGGCUGUUGCAGAAGACGAUGAGGAAGAAGCUAUUUCUUUCCCUGUUCGUGCCUCUGUAACCAUUGAAAAGGAUGGUCAUGGAGCUGUUACAAUUGAUACUAUCGCUCAAGAAGGUCAAAUUUCAGUAGAAAGUGUUAUGUAUUAUAAGGAUUCAAAAAUGGCCAAUGAACAAUCUGCGGAAGCUGAUUGGCAACGUCGUGGGCUUUACAUUGGUCCUCAAUUUGCUGAAUUAGAUGAAGGUCUUCAGAACCAAUUUGAACGUUAUCUUGAAGAACGUGGUGUCAAUGCUGCUUUGGCCAAUUUCUUGCCUGGCUAUGUUGAAUAUAAAGAACAAAAGGAAUAUGUUCAAUGGCUUCAAAACAUGAAGAACUUUGUUUCUGCUUAAGAUACUUGUAAUAUAAUAUUUAUUUAUAAAAGAUAAUAAUCAUUAGUUUCCAGCGUGAUAAGUAUGUGUUUAUUGUUAAUGACUACGAAUAAGACUUUAUUCCAUUUUUUUCUAAAGAAAAUAUUGGACAUGUAUAUAUUAUUAUCAAUUAAAGCCUUAAUGAUAAGCUUUAUACUAC